AUGGUACAAAAAGAAAUAAGGAAAGACAAAUCGCUUCUCAAAAUUUUCAAUUGCAUCGCAAAUGGUUGGCCAAAGUCUUCGAAGGAUCUUCCUUUAGAUGUCGUUCCAUUUUUCAACCGACAUAAAACCAUCAUCAUAGUAGAUAACUGCCUUAUGACAUUAGAUAUAGUUAUUAUUCCUGCUAUUUUUCAAAUAAGGAUCCUGAAACAGCUACACAGAGGUCAUCAAGGAAUACAGCGCAUGAAAUCUAUAGCACGAUCAUACGUUUACUGGCCCAAAAUCGAUACAGACAUCGAGAACAACCAUGUCAAACAGUGUCAAAAUUGUGCAUCCGUUGCAAAAUCUCCGACAAAAACAGAACUCAGUUCAUGGCCAGUACCACAUGAACCCUUGGAGAGGAUUCACAUAGACAUCGGUGGACCAGUUCGAGGUAAAUAUUACUUGGUAAUGGUAGAUUCUUAUUCCAAUUGGCCGAAAGUAGCACAAAUAACGACAAUAACAACAACUGAAAUAAUAAAUCAACUACACGAAUUUGUGAGCAGAUAUGGUCAGCCAUAA